AUGAAUCACAGAGAAGGUUCGAGCUCCCUCGGAAACGCGGCUCUCACAAUUGUCUGCGUGUUCUUAUUCAAGGUCAAUCUUGCGCGCAUACCACAAGUUGUUAAGGGCGAGCAGUGCUUGCACGAAGAGUGCUUGAAACAAGGCAAGCGUUCGAAAGCUCCAAUCAAAAAUAGCUCAUUGAAACUCGAUACUAAUGAAUUAAUUGCAGCCAAUCGGUUGUCCGAAUCCAUUGAUAUGAGCGUCGAUCCGUGUGACGAUUUCGUCGAAUUUGCCUGUGGCAAAGCAUUCGCGAACUACGAGAAAACCGCCGCGGCCCAGAGUCAACGUGGGCUCACCCCGACCAGCCAUUCGAUGCAAAUGACGUGGAUUCGCCAAAAACUUAUCGAAGAAUUAAAUCAGCCCUACAGAAUCGAGGAACAUCGAGCUAUCGGUUUGGCAAAAAUGUACUGGCAGAGCUGCAAAAUUGUCAGCCCUGCUGAGGCUCUCGCUGGAGUUCGAAUAUUGUUGAAACGUCUGGGCGGGUGGCCAUUGAUAACAAAAAAUUGGCAAGACAAACACUUCGCGUGGGACAAGUUCAGCAAAUGUGCCCGUCUCUUGGGCUUUCUACCGAGAAUGUUUAUUCACGUUGGCCUGAAUGACGAAAACGUCGAAAAACCGUGGUACGCGAACGACAGCAUCGAGCUUACUAUUGAAAGAGCUAAAUAUAUGGUCGACCGAGAAACGAUGAAUAGAAUGUUCGAACGGGCUGAAGAAUAUUUCAAGAUUGCCGAACGCAUUGCUGAAAACAAAAACCCUGACAUGGCCGAUAUCGAUGAAGCUCUACAAUUCGCUAAACGUCUUCAUAUGGUAACAUUUUCAACAUUUUCUCGGAAUAAGAUAACUUUCGUAAAUAACAUGCCAAUCGUCGAGCUAAAAGUUAUGACGAUAGCUCAACUCCAAAAAACUUUUCCCUUUGUCAAUUGGAUGGACUACAUAAGAUCGAUGCUCACACGAAAGCAGGCGAAUUAUUUAUCAGAUCGUAAUUGCGUAAUCGUCGACGUUUGUUAUAUGUCGAAAAUUGGUAAUAUUCUCGAAACAACGGAGAAAAGUGUUCAAGCGAAUUACGCGUUUCUCUCAAUCGUAGACGAUCUCUCGCUCUUCAUCAGACCUCAACUGUCAUUGACAUUCGCUAGCAGCCAAGAGGAGACCGAAAACAUAUGCUUCGACUCCACACUUGUCAUAUUUCGCAAAUCGAUGGAAAUGAUUUUGGCUAAAAUGGCUGGUCAGCGUAUCCGGCAAAAAAUUCACGAAAUAUGGAUGAUCAUCUACAACGAAGCUGUCGAGAUGUUUCAGAAAAUUCCGUGGAUGGAUCAUCAGACUCAAUUGGAGGCAGCUAAAAAGUCCGAAAAAACCGGUUACGUGAAUCUCUUUCCGGACAACAUAUUCGAAGAUCGUUAUUUCGAUCGAGUGAGUAUAAACAUUCCAGCUGCGACGGUUCUGCAAGAUUUUUUCAGUCUGAUUCCAGAGCUGGAUUUCAUGGCUCUGGCAUCGAUCGGUUUGCAGAUUGCUAACGCUUUGGGUUAUCAGAUUUGUCGUCAGGGUUCGUACAUCGACGUCAGUGGUCACUGGCGAGAGGCAUCGUGGUGGUCGAAAACGACGCAGCGGCAAUUCGCAAGUCGGGAGAAUUGCCUCGAGAUUGGUAAAGUCAAGCCGAUCGACGAGAUAUCGCCGAUUUUCGGGCUCAUCGGAGCCGCGGAAAUCACUUACAAAGCGAUCUUCGAACGUUUCCCGCACGCCCGUAGCACCGUUUUGCCAGGUUUAAGUUAUACGACCAAACAAUUAUUCUGGAUCUCCGCGGUCGCCUCGGAUUGCGACAGAAACCAGAAACCGCAAUACAAUGCCAUGGUCGCCCACAAUAGUAACUUCGCCCAAGAUUUCAGUUGUCCGAAGGGAUCGAAAAUGAAUCCUCCCCAAAAGUGUAAAAUGUGGCUACCGUAAAAAAAACACACACACAAAUAUUCUCGCUGUUAAGGGAUUCGUUAUCGCAAUCGUGAUGCACAGUUUUAACGUUUACGAAUCAUUGAGCGUGCUGCAUAUUUACGA